GGUAUCACGGAAAGUAAUGUAUGAGGGACCAGAGAAUGAAAAUAUUACGGUAUCAUGCGGAAAGAAGCAAAGCCUACACAUUACGAUACGCGAUUGGUCUUUACAUGAUGUGGCUCUUGUAUAACUUACCACCGGUCAUCAUUAGUGUGAUAUAUACUCUUUUACCGACGAAUGAAACAUACUCGGCCAGACUCCUGUAUCGACUGAAACAUGUUCUCGACAUAGUCAAAUACUAUGACCUGUUGAUGCUUCAUGUGUUUAUCCGCGUGUUCUACGUAGUGUCUGUGCCGAUAGCUGUCGACGGCUUCUUCACGCUCUGCAUUAAGUAUGUUGACGCGUUGUUCAAUUGUAAGUGAGUUGUUUGCGCGAAAAAAGCUAUAGUUUCAAAAGUUUAUAAACACGAUUAUAUUUUGAACUAAAAUUACACUUUUCUCAAAAUAGAUACAACAUACUGCGAAUACAAGAUUCAGAAUUUGUGUUGCUCAAUCUGAAUAUUGCAGACGACAAAGCAUACCAUAAAUCAGUUGCAUCAAAUUGUAUAAACGUAUAUUAAAGUUAGUGUCAUUCUUAGAUAGUUAUUCUUAGAUACGUUUUGAAUAGUUUUUAAAAAUGAGAAUUAUAUAAAGUAUAAAAUAUAUACUUUAUAAAAUUAAUGU